AUGUCUGGUCAAACCGACGGGACUGACCAUGAAGAGGUUGAUCCCACGGGUGAUUGGGGCAAAUUACCUUACGUGGCUUUGGCAUUGAUUUUUACCUAUCUUCCCGAUCGAGACAAGUUUAACGCAAGUUUGAAAUCAAAGACGAGGACACGGAAAAUCGAUUACGACUGAUCUGCUCCUAAUGAAUUUCGUUCCAGAGCAUGGAGCGAGGGUUUUUCAUGGCCUGGCAACUGGCGUCAGCGUGAAAUGAUUUUUUAUGGAUCCUGCGAGGAAACCGUAGCGAAGGAGAAAGCUUUCGCCGAGCGAUUUGGACCUCAGUUGCGACUCCUCAGGCUCAGGUGCUGGAGUCCUGCCCAAGGACCUGCGCUGGAGGCCUACCUGGAGAACGUUUCAGGCGUUCUGAAGGUCCUUGCGAGCAACGCCUUGCUGCGCGAGAUUCACGUGAACGAUCUGCUUUUCGAGAGUGAACGCAAGGCUGAAGGAAAGGCAAAAAUGGCCGUUAUGCUUGCGGAGCUGAUUCGCGCGCAGACCGAACUUCGCAUCCUGGACCUCCAAGACGUCGACUGCGCCUGGGAAGUUGGACUGAAGCUCGUUUCAGCGGCGGGAAAUUCUGACGCUGCGAGAAACACGCUACACACUCUACUCUUGUCGGGUACAUUCGAUCAGCCGGAUUCCAGGAUCACCGUAUCCUCGGACGACUACAUCCUCGCCAUGGGCAACUUCCGGAAGUUGGCGUUUCUGCGCAUCGAUUACAGGUGUCUCAGCUGCAAGCUCCUCAACGUUCUUGGAACCUCUUUAGGGGAAUGUUUCAGAAGGCUAGCCAUCCUUUGCUCAGAGGACGAUGGCCCUGAACUGCCAAACCUCGAGGACGAGGCGUGGAGGACGCUAUCCUCUAGAUGCCCGUUUCUUCGGGUCGAAUUGACCAUAGAGGGAGGAAACAGAAACGUAGGAUGGAGGAGCAACCUUCUCAAGCCAGGAAUGCCGCUGGCUGCCCUGAGCCUCGACGACGAGAUGUCAAACCAGAACCCGGAGUACUGGGACACGACGCCGACCCUGGAGCUCCUCCUCAGGGAGUAUCGUAACACCCUAGAGCACCUGUCGCUGUCUUUGAGCCAACGUUCCGGCGUGGGUAUAACGGCAGAAAAAUUGACCGCUGAAAUGGUCUCACGAGCACUUCGAUUGAAGAAACUGAAGACCCUGCAUCUCUCUGGCCCCAUGGAUUCAGAGGCGGUUAAAACGCUCUAUAAUCUGUUGGACAAGCCGCAUGGCGCGAAGCAUCUUCAACGAGUCACUUUAACCGUCUGGUGCGGUAGCGAAGAGGAGAUCGAUCAGCUCCUGAAAACUAAUCGCGUCACUGCGCAGAACAGAGUUUCGGCAAAGACCGAAGUUCGUCUUGUGCCGAUGCUGUGAUUACGGCUUUCAGAAUUUUUUUUUUUUUUUGAUACGGUAAUUUAUUUUAUAAGAUUUUAUUUACGACGGGCGAACGGGUUUUCAGUCUUGAGGUUUUUGCAGCUCAACCGUUUAGUCUUGUUAUUGAUGUGCGGC